AUGGAGGUCAGCCCAUAUCUCUUCCCAGAUGAUAGGCCCAAUUCUCAAAACAGCAAUCCUACAAACACCACCGAAAACGACGUCGCCGCCUUCGUCACCAACCUCCGGAAGGCCGCUGGACCACCUUUCUGCCGAUCCUUUGAAUUUUCAACAUCAAACUCCAACUAUUUACAGGGCCAUCCUAGAUUCUCGAGAGUCCGUUUUAUGGCUCUUUAUCGAGCUCUUAGCUCCACUUGUGUGGUCCGGGGCAAAGAAGAUCGUUAUUCUCAGGAGAAAAUCCGAGAAUUAUCUAUCGGGUCACUUUCUGUUAAUCUUAGAGGCAGUCAUAUUGUCUGUAUAGGAAAAUGUAAAAGCUUUAGACUUCGUAAAUCGCACGUAGUUCUUUCGACAAAGCCUUCUGGAGGUUUGUCAUCAUCCCAAAGUAAUGGUCACGAUUCUCAAACGGCAGCAAAUGAGUCUGUGUUGAUUUUGUUGCGGCAUGGAGAAUCAAUGUGGAACGAGAAGAACCUCUUCACCGGGUGUGUGGAUGUGCCGUUGACUGCAAAAGGAGUAGUGGAAGCCAUUGAAGCUGGGAAAAGAAUAAGCAAAUUCCCGUUGGAUAUUAUCUACACGUCGGCUUUGAUCCGUGCUCAGAUGACGACUAUGCUUGCUUUGACACAACAUUGUUGCAUGAAGUGCCUGAGUUUUAGUUCAUAUUGGGUUAAAGGGAAGAAAGAUAAUAUCUUAUCGGUGUCCUGUUGGUUUAUUUGUUCUGAACCAUCUGUGAAGGUUUUUAAAUUGUAUGGGGAGCUUCAAGGUCUUAAUAAGCAGGAAACUGCUGAAAAAUACGGGAAGGAGAAAGUUCAUAACUGGCGUAGAAGUUAUCACGUUCGCCCUCCGAAUGGGGAGAGCUUGGAGAUGUGCUUAGGAAGGGCAGUUACAUUCUUUAAAGAGCAGAUUGAGCCGCAGCUAUUGAAGGGCAAGCAUGUGAUGGUUGUUGCUCAUGCAAAUUCACUGAGGUCGAUUAUAAUGUAUCUUGAUAAAUUGACUUCUCAAGAGGUUAUUAAUUUGGAGUUAUCUACUGGGGUUCCCAUGCUCUACAUAUAUAAAGAAGGAAACUUCAUUAGGAGAGGAAGUCCCCCUGGAUAUUCCGAAGCUGGCGUUUAUGCUUAUACCCAGAGCUUAGCCGAUUAUAGGCAAGAAUUAGAUGAAACAGUGAGCGAUGCCUGAAGUUACAAUAUACCUGCUUCUCAUAUUUUACUUUUCCAUAUGGCUCGAAAGCCGUUUGAUGUUCGACUGGGCAAAUGGUCGAUGUCAAUACCGACAGCUUUUUGCAUUAUAUCAGAGCAAAUUUUUGGGUCUUCAUAUACAGCUCAAUCAAGCAUCACGAACAUCAACUUGUUCACUACGGUGCGCCUCAAUUUUUCUACGAACUCCUUCACGUGUUAUAAACAUUGGACAGAUGUUGCUGUGAUAAGAGGAUUCUGGGCGUGAUUUUAUUUUUAUUUCUUAAAAUUUUUUACUUUCUUGAUCAAAACAAAUGUUUGUACUUUGUACUGGAGACUAUUUAGAAGAUACACUAGCAGUGAGAAAAUGAUGAUUCUCAAAUUAUGUAAUUUGGUCAAAAUUUGCUCCGUGAGAUUAUUGAGCAUGUGCAAGGGAGAGUGUGAGUCUUUUUAACCCUCUGAAAAUUGUGUUUCUUGUGUAUUUAUUAUGAGUUUA